UUGGUGAACUGGUUCGACCGAUUCACUAAAAAGAACCGGUUCAAAAGAAUGAUUCGUUCUUAAUGUGAUCGUUCCGUGCCUAACAGAGUACGCACUCUUGACUGGACGGUGCAGACGAAAUGUGUUCGUGUUAUUCUGAGCGAAUAGACCCUACAGGAAAAUGUUCCUAAAACGGCGAUAUUUCUCUGUCGACAUCAAAGCAAUUGUGGCGUAUCCUUGGUUUAUUUAUGGAGCGUUCUUUCAGUGCGUCUUUUGCUCUUUUAAUCCUAGAUUAACACUGAGACAAGAUGAUUGUCGACUGUUAUACAACACGAACUAUAGUCAUACAGUUUUAUUUCAUCAAGAAGGAUCAAAGAGUCUUUUGGUGGGAGGAUUAAAUAAUGUUCUACAUUUUGAUGUGGACAGUGGUCAGAUUCUGGAGAACUUCACUCUGAAUCCAAACUUACCAAGGUGUAGUGAGAGCUCAUGUGAAAAUGUAGUCACAGUAAUUGAAAGAUUUCAAGACUGUACAUUUGUAUGUGGGACGAAUGGAGAAGAGCCAAAGUGUUGGAAACUGUUUCCCAAAGAAAGCAAUCGUUCCACUGAGGUUGUAGACGGGACAGGGAUCUCGCCUCACACAUGCACACAAAACUCGCUGUCCCUAAUGGCAGAUGGAGACCUCUAUGCAGCAGCUCCUCUGUACAGUGAUGGAACUCUGCUGCAGUUUCGAAGAAAAGCUGGAAAUCGAAUCAGCGUAUGGAUGCAUGAUCAGUGGGUCUCAGAACCCACAUUUAUCUCCAUUUUUUUGGCCAAGCGCAAAAACGACUCCUUGAAUGAGAAGAUAUACAUCUUACUUCGUGAAAAAAACUCGGACACAAGCCCAGAAGCUGAUCCUUGGAUAUCUAGAGUUGCCAGAGUGUGUAAGGUUGAUGAGGGCGGUCCCAAGCAGUUACUCCAGAACAUAUGGACCUCCUUCCUGAAGGCACGACUUGUGUGUGGGAUUCCUAGCGAGUCAUUGUACUUCAACCGUCUUCAGGAUGUUUUCGUCCAGCAUGCUGAGGACUGGACGGACUCACGAGUGUAUGCGCUCUUCUCCAGCAGCUGGAACUCUACUGCUGUCUGCAUAUAUUCCUUGAAGGAUCUUGAUGAUGUUUUUGAGAGUUCUUCCUACAAAGGUUAUACUGGGGCCAUUCCCAACCCAAGACCAGGAACGUGUGUGGAAAACAGCAACUCCAUUCCACAUUCUACCCUGCAAAUUAUUAAAGACUAUCCAGAGAUGAAGGACUGGAUUCAUCCCAUUCAACGAGAAACGCCUUUCUUCACAAGUAAUAAGAACUUUACCAAGAUAGCUGUUGACCGAGUCCAAGCUUCAAAUGAAAACAUGCACAAUGUGCUGCUGCUUGCAACAGAUGAUGGAGUGAUCCUCAAGAUCCUGGAGGACGGGUCCAAAGCUUUUAUCAUCUCUGAAACGCACCUGUGCAAUGGCUCCGCACCCAUACAUUCAAUGAAACUUGACUCUGAGAAGAGGAAGCUGUUCGUAGGAUAUCCUGGUCAGUUGUCUGUGUUAGACCUGCAGAGAUGUCGAGACUACAAUGCUUCCUGUGAGGAAUGUGUUCUUUCCCGUGAUCCCUACUGCGCUUGGACUGAACGAGGCUGCACGUCUCAAACUAAAGGAGGAAUACAAAACAUUGCUAAUGGACUGACUAACGUAUGUAACCAAAAAUCAGUGGGAAGAUUCAGACGUGAUGUACAACAAUCAUCGACAGCUCCAUUAAAGAAUCGUCACGAUGUGCCCACUGAUGUUCCCUUUUAUCUCUCUUGUCCUGUCGAUUCCCAUCAUGCCACUUAUAGAUGGGAACAUGGGGACAAGAGAAGCCCAUGCCAGCAGACUCAAUCAGAAUGCCUCCUCCUCAUCCCAUCAAUGAUGGAUGACAUGUAUGGCAAUUACAAAUGUAUUUCCCAUGAACGUGAUUACACCAAAACUGUGAAUGAAUACAACCUUUUUCGUAAGCGUGCUUUUAAUGAUGCUGUCAAGCUCAGAGCACUGGACUGGUUAAUGGCCGCAUUUGUCACUAGUGCCUUCUAUCUGUGCUCGCUUUAAGGUCAAGGUAGUUAUAUAAAUGUCAUUACUUCCAUCCUCUAGCAUUUCUGAUGACCUGCAAGCUGAUUAAAACCAUCAGCAACACGUUAGCCAGGUGCCAGUGGUUGUAGGAUGUAGACUAUGGCCUUAUCAAGUGAGGUUUAUAGGGAAGUAAACACUGAAGUAGAAGUAAGUGUCCGGCCUAGCAGACAAUUACACACUUGCCAUCUGUUGAGUGCCUGUUCAGUGUAUACGGUGGGGUCCAAAGUCUGACACCGCAAUGAAAAUUUUGGCUUUUGUAUUCGGAACCUGGAUAUACUCCGACAGUUUUAGGAUUUAGAAAAAGUAAAAUGAAGAAAUAUUUCAGCCUUUCAGAUGCAAAAUUUAUGGGAGGAGAGUAUUUAAAUGAAUCAUGCAAGGUGAUUUAGUAAGAUUUGCGCCCGUCAGUUUACUGGUGUAUGCGCCAUUAUUUACCGCAAAAAAAAGCCUGUCUUAAACCAGACGAUAACCGGCAGAUUGCGUUGGUCUUUAUUGAAAUGAUCCGGCUGCGGAAAUGUUAGUAUUUGAAAAACAGUAGACCUGGAUGACCUACUACUUCCGGCGAGAUUCGAUGGACAUCUCAUGAGGCCACGGAAGAGGAUUUAUGAAUGGGAAUAAAUGACACAACUGCUGCUGGUAGGUCACGUGACAGUAACAACACGGCAAAUGCAUUACAUCUAAAUUUCAUUAAUUCUAGCCAUAUUCAUACUAUAUACAACAUACUUUUUAACAAUUGCAAAGUAAAUUCAAAUGUAGUACCUACUAAGUAAGCGAUUUUGGACACUGUGAGUGAAUCAUUGAAUUAUUCACUCAACUGUUUAUUCAAAAACGCUGAUUAAUUCAGGAAUGAAACAGCUACUGUAUGUUGCUCUGAACUAUUUUCGUUGGUGGAGGAAAAAACUUUUUUAUCGGACUGUUGUAUAAAAGCAAUUUUGCACUCGCAGUUGUGCUGUUUUUCCAAAUAUCAGCAGGGCUGCGAUUCAACAACAGCACUUUUGGAUCCCACUGUAUGAAACAAAAGCACUUUAAAUUGCUCUUAAUUGUGCACUAAGCAUCUUAAUGUAAUGUAACUGGUUCAACACUACUUUCAAGGACCGUAGCGUGUCUGUCACUUACAGUAUGUUAUGUAAUGAGAGCCACACCAGAGAUACUAUUCUAGACGUCACAUCAGAGAAAGGCAGUCAUAUUUUUCACAGUUGUUUAGGGUGUGUCUGUUUACUGAGAAACUACAACUUCCUCUCAUUAGUGGAUUCGUUUAUAAGAUUGUGGCUCCUUAUUUAUUACAUCUGGCGAUCGUGUUUCCACUUACCAACUUUCAUAAUACAUGCUUCUUUGUCAUUUGUAUUGUUUCAAGCACUUGGGUUUCAAAAUGUGUAGAGCUAGUUAUCCGUAAGUUUGAUUUAUAAUGAUAAGCAGGACGUUUGGGUGUAAUUGUAUCAAUACAAUUGUUCAGGAAGUCUGAGAAAUGAACUGUAAUAGGGUUAAAGAAUGUUGGGUGUGGUGGGCAACCCAAGGUUACUACUGGACAGUGCUUUUGGCUGCUGCUUGUUGCGCUGCUUCAAGCAGUGCUGUUGUUGUUUAAUGAAAUCAGUUGGAGAAGUUUCUAGAUGUGGGAUAAAAUAAAUAUGCAAUGGAUCACUUACAGUCAGCUUCAGGGCCAUGAAAUAUGUAGUAAAUAUAUUUUCUAGAAUAAUUCUCUAGAACAAGAUUAUUCACUUUAUAUUUUUACCUAGAAAAAAAUUUAACUAAUAUAUAUAUAUAUAUAUAUAUAUAUAUAUAUAUAUAAUAUACACCUUAUAUUUUUAACUAAAAGCAUUAACUAAAAACAGAUUUGUGAAUGUAGAACCAUGACUGUCGUAAAAAUGAAGGGAAAUUUAUGUAUAUUCUUUAACAUGUUUUAACAUACUCAAAUGUGAGUUUGACAUUUAAUGAUUGGCUUUAUUGUUUUCGAUGUCAUUAACGAUCAUGAAGAUAGUGCUUGCAUGCAAUGAUUUACAAAAAAAGGAAACAGUGUUCUCUUUAAUUUUUAAUGGCUUAACACAUUAAUUAUUGAGAGGGACUUCAAUGUGAGUCACAGAUGUGAACCGGCUUCUCUAAUUCUAGAGUAUUUCAAUGUUCAGGCUAAUUACAAUUUAUCAUAUUAUACUAGGGACACUGUGUUUCUUUAUUAUUGUAAGUUGAUAGCAAGCUUAUAAAUUUGUUGCAUAUUGUUUUAUUUUAUGAUUAAUAUUUUAAUUAUUGCACUUUCUGAAACAUUCCCACCUAGAGAUCCCUUCCUGUAUGUGAAUUUUAAGCCUUUAGAUAACCUUUAGAUGCUCUGUUUUGUUGUACUUUGUAUUUAUUUUAUGCAUUAUUUAUACAUUUCCUUUAAGUAUGUCCAUUAUAUUUAAUUAUAAAUAUAUUUUUUAGCACUUGAAAUCUCUGUGGUCUAUAUGAACAAACUCACAUAAGCACAUUUGGUACACACCUAACCUUCAUGGUUAAGUCAGGAUCUCUAAUGUGCUUUGAAUAAACACUGGUAACAAUACAAACAGUGAUAGAAAAAAAAAAUAUUACCAAUUUUUUUUUUUUUUUUUUUUUUUUUUACCUUUUUACCAAUAAUUCCCUCAGUAAAUGUUCUGAAACAGAGUUUAGGAACAGAAAGGCACUGGGAGUUUUAGUUUUAAAAUAAAAACAAAUACUAGGAAGAGGACUAUUUCAUAAUUUCAAACUAAUUAUAAUGUAAACCAUCUGGUCUCUCACUGGCUUUGGAACACCUGUGCCAGCUGGAGCAAGACUCAUACAAAGCAGGUCUUUGAAGUCGUGCAGACCACGAUAUUCAAAAAACAUCUUAAGGCUAAGCAGAUCCUAGUCUCAUAUAGCCAGACCUUCAGACUGACAACAGAAGGUCUGGACUUUAUCACAGCUUUCAUUGGCAAAGGACCACCCAAGAGGACAUUUGACUGACAUGUAACGCAACCAAUCACAGUUCGUUUUGUUCCGCAUCAUGUUUAGGGGCGUGAAAAUGUAAAGUCGAUGUCCCUAUAAAACUGGCGUACAUCUAAUAAAUUAUUCAAGAACAUUG